AUGGGUUGGGUAACACUGUUUACAAUACUUGUUUUGAUUUUAACACAAAUAUUCGCUGUGCCAUUGAAAUCAUCGAAUAACUGUGGUUAUGAUUCGUGUAACUUAGGUCAACCUGGCAAAUUGAAUGUUCAUAUCGUUGCUCAUACACAUGAUGAUGUUGGUUGGUUAAAAACAGUCGAUCAAUAUUAUUACGGAUCUCGGAGAGAGAUUUCGCCAAAAGCUGUUCAAUAUAUUCUUGAUUCAGUUAUUGAAGCAUUGGUCGACAAUCCCGAUCGUCGAUAUAUUUAUGUUGAAAUGGCCUUUUUUUGGCGAUGGUGGACUGAACAAUCAGAAAAAGUGCGAAAUAUUGUCAAACAACUUGUUAACGAAAGUCGUUUGGAAUUCAUUUCCGGUGGUUGGUGUAUGAACGAUGAAGCAACAACACAUUACAAUUCAAUCAUUGAUCAACAUAGUUUAGGUGCAGAAUUUUUACAAGAGACUUUUGGCGAAUGUGCGAGACCGAAAAUCGCGUGGCAGAUCGAUCCAUUCGGACAUUCUAGAGAAGUUGGCUCCCUCUUUGCACAGAUGGGUUUCGAUGGAAUGUUUCUCGGACGUGCUGAUUAUCAAGAUCAAAUACAUCGAGGAUUUGAAAAGAAGUUAGAAAUGAUCUGGAAAGCAAGUGCCAAUCUAGAUCGUCAAAGUUGGCUGUUUGCGGGGAUUCUUCCAUAUGGUUAUGGAUCACCAUUUACAUUUUGUUACGAUUCUCAAUGUUCUGAUCCACCGAUAAUGGAUGAUAAAAAUUUAAAGGAUUACAAUGUACCAGAACGAGUUUUAGCAUUCAUUGCCGAAGCUUAUGCUCUAUCGAAAAUCUAUGCGACGAAUCAUUUGAUAAUGACCAUGGGCGGUGAUUUUCAAGAUAAAAAUGCUCAUGAGAAAUUUAAAAACUUAGAUAAAUUGAUUCAUUACGUUAAUCUUGAACAAAACAAUGGCAGUGACAUCAAUGUGUUCUAUUCCACACCGUCAUGUUAUUUAUACGCGUUGAAUAAAGCAGGAAAAACUUGGACAACGAAAAGUGAUGAUUUCUUUCCCUAUGCGAUGGUUCCCGCGUCAUAUUGGACUGGUUAUUAUACAUCAAGACCUGCUUUGAAGUUUUAUGAACGUUAUGCGAAUAAUAUUCUUCAAGUAACUCGUCAACUGAAUGGAUUUGCACAGACAAAUUCACGCGAAACUAUCUUUGUUUUGAGUGAAGCAUUGGGAUUGGCUCAACAUCAUGAUGCAGUUAGUGGAACGGAAAAACAACAUGUCGCCAAUGACUAUGCUCAACGAUUAGCAGAUGGAAUCGAUCGAGUUAUGGAUGUGAUUAACAAUGCUUAUGAAAGAUUAUUACCGAAAAACAAUCGAACAGCAUCAACAUCUCAACAGUUUCUUUGUUCAUAUUUGAAUAUAAGUGCAUGUCUUCCGAUUGAAGGACAAGAUCAUUUCACAUUGACUUUGUGGAAUCCAACAAUUCAUCCGGUCAUUGUUUAUCCUCGUGUACCUGUAACUCGACAAUAUUCGAUUCGCGAUCCACGAGGAAAUCUUGUUGUCGCUGAAUAUUUUCCAAUUCCGGAAACGAUUCAAAAUCUUCCUGGUCGAAUGAGCUCUGCGCAAAAUCAAUAUUUAUUUCAAGUGUCACUGCCAGCACUUGGUUUUAAUACGUAUUAUUUUGAAGCUAAAGCACAGAAUACAAAGACUGACGAGAGAAUGGAACAUGAAAAAGUAAAAACAACCGUGAACGAAGCAUGUGUCCUACAAAACGAACAUUUACGUGUGGAAUUCAAUAGUUUUGGGGAACUGAAGGAAAUCGCCAAUUUAGAUAAGAAUUUAGUUGUUUCUUUCAGUGAACAAGGUUUCUAUUGGUAUGCAAGCUACACAGGAAAUAAAACAGCUCCAGUAAUACCCUCUUCGGGUGCCUAUAUCUUUCAUCCAUUAUUGCCAGAACCUGCACCUGUCAGUCUUAUCCGAAGAAUAAAUUGUACGAAGACAAGUACAGUUCAAAAAGCAUCGAUCAUUUUCAACGAUUGGGUCAGUGAAGAAUUCAAUCUUUAUAAUGGUUCAUCAUCACUUGAAGUUGAAUGGAUCGUUGGACCAAUUCCAAUUGAUGAUAAUAUUGGAAAAGAAAUCAUUGUUCGUUACAAUACAAAUAUAAAAAGUACAAAGAAAUAUUAUACCGAUGCGAAUGGACGAGAAGUUUUGGAACGUAUUCGUGAUUAUCGACCAACAUGGCAUCAUAUUGUUGACGAACCGAUUAGUAGCAAUUAUUAUCCAAUCAACAGUCGAAUUUGGAUUAAAGAUGAUGAUCGACAAUUUACGAUUUUGACUGAUCGAUCGGAAGGCGGUGGAAGCAUGUGGGAUGGUUCAGUUGAAAUUAUGAUUCAUCGUCGAAUACUGCAGGAUGAUUCUCUGGGCGUUGGUGAAGCUCUAAAUGAAACUGCAUACGGCAAAGGUCUUGCUAUCACGGGAAAACAUAUUCUCUCUGUUGAUCGUCCAUCCGAUAGUGCUCAAUUUCAUCGAAUCAUCGCUCAACAAUUCUACAUGCGUCCUUUAGCAACCUUUUCUGUGCCAAAUACAACAACUUACACAAACUAUUCGAAUAUCUACCGUCAAACUUGGUCAGCGCUCUCUGAUUCGAUGCCAAUGAAUGUUCAUUUGUUGACAUUUGAUCAAUUAAAUCCAAAACAAUAUCUCGUCCGCGUUGAACAUUAUUUUGAAUUGAAUGAAGAUGAAAUUUAUUCGAAAGCAGUGACAAUUGAUAUUCAAACAUUGUUUCAAAGCAUUGGAACGAUUAGUGACAUGAUUGAGUUGAUUUUAACUGCAAAUUUACCAGUAUCGGAUCUACAUCGACUCGAAUGGAUGACCAAUGAUCAGCAGUCGUCAAAAGUUCAUGUUUCACAACAAUAUUUGUCGAAUGUGACAACAAUUACACUCAAUCCCAUGCAAAUUCGAACAUUUCAAAUUACUAUCGCUUGA